AAAUUCAACUCUAAAAACAAAGAAGAGUCUUUCUUUUAUAAUUUUCUUUCUUCCAUUCCUAAUUUUCUUCUAAAUUAAUGGAUCAUAAAAGACAUCAUAAACAUUAUCAAGAAUUUAUUUCAUCAAAAGAACAAACACCAACAAAAACUUCAAAUCAACAAAAAUAUAAAAAUGUUAGCAGAAAUACUUUAAGAAAAGUUCCAGACAGACCAUCCCCUCCUCCUCCAAAUAAUAAUUCUCCAAUUAUACCUCCAGUAUAUGUUGGACAUAGACCUUCACCACCUUUAGAGGCAACAACUUCAGAUAAUAAAACAUCUCAAACAAGGACAACUUCGAAUGUUGGGGCUACAGUUGCUGCAUUAGCUGCUGUUUUAGCAACAGCCCCAACAGCCGCUGCUCGUCCAAAUUCUUCAAGAAAGGAAGGUGGAGGAUUACUUUCUGUUCCAAAUCAUCGACAAAAUUCUCGAAAUAAUUCUUCUGAUGGAAAUAAUCUUUUAUUAUCAAGAUCUGCUCCAAUGCUUGCGGCACAGAAUUCAACAGCUUCAACAAGUUAUCUUCGUCCAUUUGGUAAUCAAUCAUCUGCAGCAGUUUCCUUUCAUUCCUCUCCAAUUUCCCCAAGUUCUUCAACUAACGUUGUUGGAAAUGAUUUCUCUCCUUAUUCUAAAACACCCCUAUCCUCUCAACCUCAAGGUGCAAAUGUUGUACCCUUCUCUUCCUCUUCAACAUCCCUUCGUCGUUCAAUUCGCAAUGAAUUUGAUGCGUUUAAAAGAAGAAGUAUUUCCGAAUUAUCUUUAGUUUUGGAAGUAUUAAAAACAGCUACUAAUAGAACAAAAUAUGGAGGGAUGCCUGACGAUGACAUUAAAAGAGAUUGUUGGGGAAGGGGAACAACAACUGAUGAUGAAUAUUAUCAAAUAAAUCAUGGGGGAGGAAACAGACAUUUUAUGCACACAGUAGGACCUGUAGAAUCUUCUUCUGGAAGUAUUUCAGCAGUUAAUAGCUUAAGGAGAAGCGGUUUUGUACCUCCACAUCAUCAUUCUACGGGAAAUUUAGCGACACCGUUUAGUAGGAAAAGUCAACGAAGAAUGGCACUAAGACGAAAAAUUCAAUGGGAAAGACUAUCUCCUGCAGCGAUUCAAAGACAAAUUGUUCAAGUUCAAGAAGAGAAAGCAAUGCUGCAAGCACCUACUGCCCCUAUUUCUGCUGCUAAAUUUGUUGCAUAUGUACAGGAAAGGCGCAAAAAGAGGAUAUUGUUUAAAGGAGAAUUUUUAAUGAUUCAACGUUCAGUAGACCCUCAAAGGUUGACAACUGAAGUUGGAAUUCGGAUGGGGGAAAAAAAUCAAUAUCCAGAUACAUUGCCUUACGAUCAAAAUCGUGUAAUUCUCGAACACAGGCCAGGUGUAGAAGAUUCUCAUUAUAUUAAUGCUUCUUAUGUUAAUAGUUGGCUUCGAGAACGUGCCUAUGUUGUUACACAAUCUGUUAGGAACAAACAAGCCAGUAAUGAAUUUUGGCGGUGUGUUUGGGAAAUUGGUGCAAAUACAAUAGUUAUGCUCACAAAAAUUUUUGAUUUUAUGCGCGUUGUUUGCCUUCAGUAUUGGCCUCAAACACAAUUCCAAUUUGGAGAAAUUCAUGUAGAGACUUUGGAUACACGAACAUAUGCUCAUUUUGUAAUUCGAACAUUUCGACUUCGCAAAACAGGCGGUGUUGGAGAUUUAACAACAACUUCAACAGAUGGAAAAGGUGAAACACUAAGGAAUAUUAAUGACAAUUCUGAAGAAAGAAUUGUUAAACAUUUUCACUUUACAGAGUGGGAAUUGAAUUCAUUUCCAUAUAUUUCUGCUUUUGUUGAAGUUCGUCGACGAGUAAGACAAUGGAUGGAAAGGAGCCCAGUUGAUUCCCCAAUUGUUGUACAUUGCAGUAAUGGUGGUGGGCGUUCUGGUGCUUUUUUAGCUGUUGAUGCUAAUUUAGAGCUUUUGCAAAGGACUGGACAAUUAGAUGUUUUUGAAUAUGCUAGAACAUUAAUUAAUUCUCGACAAAAUUUAAUUUCCUCAGUAGAGCAAUACACAUUUAUUUAUGAUGUUCUUUGUGAGGCUGUUUUAUGCAAUCUACAACCUAUGGCAAUGCACCAAUUAAAAGAUCGUAGUACAAUGUACAAAGCAAGAAAAAAUAGAGAAUUGAUGGAAUUACAAGACAGUCACGAAAAUAAACUUUUAACAAUGUUAACUGCUCCGCUAAGGAUUGGGGAUUGUGCUGGUGGACAUAGACUAGAAAAUAGAGGAAAAAACAGGGAUGUUAUGGUUGUAAGUUUGGAUUUUUUAUUUAAAUUUCCUUUUAAAAAUUUAAAAUUAUUUUUAAAAAAGGUACCCCCAGACCAUGCCCGUCCAUAUUUACAAACUUUGCAUGGAGAAAGCAAAGACUACACAUAUAUUAAUGCUGUUGAGGUUGAUGGUUUUACACGCAAAGCUGAGUUUAUUGUUACUGAAUGGCCAAAGCAACAAACAUUAGACUCAUUUUGGACACUUGUUUUUGAUCAUAAUGUUCACACAACAUAUCCCCCAUUUGUGCACAAUAAAGGGAAAAGAAAUUAUGGCCCCUUUACAAUUGAAAUUGUAAAUUUCCAACAAUAUCCGGGCCUUUGUUCUUAUAUGGUUAAACUUUCUAAACGGCCAAUGGAAGAAGUUGUUGAACGACGUAAAUGGUUAUUUACUAGACGUAAAAGUAGUAAAGGGGGAAGUGCCGGAGUUCGUUUAAGACGUCGGCCAACACUUUCACAUUUUUUGGCAGAAUGUGAAAAACAACGUAGAAGAGAUAGCGGGCCUCCAAUUAGCGGAUUUAGUAGCCAUUUUACUCAAAAUGUUCCAGAUAAAGAGGAUUUAAUGUCAACUUCUUUGAAUGACCCAAAUUUUCGAUUACAGCAAAAAUAUUGGGGGAAAAUACACAGAAAAACUCCAACACCUACACCAAGUCCAGAUUUUGGUAAUAGUGAUGAAGAUAAUACAAGUAGUAGAAGUGAGGAAGAAGAAGAAGAAGAAUUGAAUUCUAUAGAUGAUGAUGAAUUAGAAAAUGGACGUGAAAAUAUUGGAAAGGAAGGGGAAGAGGAAGAAGAAUUAAAUAAAAAUAAUAAAUCUGAUAAAAUAAAUGAAAAUAUUGUUAGGCAUAGACGAGGAAUAUAUUUACGACAAAGGGAGAGAGAACGACCUCUUUCUGAUGGAGCAUUAUUGCCUGAACAGGAGAUUCUAAUGAAGAUAAGUGUCUCAGAUGCUCAUCGUCCAAAACGUGAUGAAAGAGGUCGUCGAUUGGGUGGGGAAUGGGAUAAAAGGUUUGAACGUUUGGGUAAGCAAUUAGUUGCUAAAUUAAAUGAAAGAGGAGGAGAAUCUUCUAAUAUUCACGAUAAAAAUGAAGAAAAAGAAGAAGGAAAUUUUAGAGAAGGAAAAGGUGGUGGUGGGGAUGGAAGAUAUCCAAGUUUACCUUCAUGUUCAUCUAAUACACCAACAACUAAAAAAACUUUUAGUCAAAGUACUAGAAGUAGACAAAGCAGUAAAAGUAGAAAAAGCCAUAAAUAUCGAGGAAGUAAUAGAGGAAGUAGUAAACGAAGAAGAAAAAGAAGGGAAAGACGUUUUUCUGAACCAAAUCUUGGAACAUUGGAACGCUUCGAGAAAGUGAGGAAAAAAUGGGGGUUAUUAAUUCUGAAAGUGUGCACGCGUUUUUGAGAAUUUUAAUAAAUUAUUUUUUAAGUAUAUCUCCUUUCUGACCCAAUUAGUAAUUAUUUUGUUGUUCUUGUUUGGCCCAUUCCCACCCGGCCACAUUUUUUUGCCUUCCUAUUUCUAAGUUUUUUUAGUUUCUAUUUAAUUAUUUGUUAAAAUAGUUUGUAUUUGCUGAUUGGGGGAUAUAUGGGGGAAUAUUUGGCUAUGUAUUAAUUACUCUUUAGUUUUUGCUAUUUUUAAUACCAAAAAUUUUUAAAUUCUUAUCUAAUUAGAAUUUUAUUUUUUAAUUUAAAUUUAAAAAAAAAUUAUUUUUGCAUUUGCAAUAAAAUAUAUGUGGCUGGGAGGGGAAAGGGUAUACGCGCCGUUAUAUUUUUUUAUUUUAAUUGUUCCUUCCUUCUCUCUAUCUCUCUCAAUCAUUUUAUUAUCUACAAAAUUUU